ACUCUAAAAUGUCAGACUCCAAAAUUUCAGAAUCCACGGAGGUAAACAUCUUCCGCUUUCUUUCUAAAAAGCAAGAAAGCUACAAUGAUCUCAUCAAGCAGAUCGGCUCAAAGACUUUGAAGAGUAACAGUACUAAGCUAUUGGGUGUUGAGGUCCCAGCCAAACCCACGAUUAAGGACGAUGGUAAUGGUAAGUUUGGAGCAGUUCAGUUGAGAAAAACAGCAGCUCUGAAAAGAUUCUGUUAUGAGCCAGCCAGCUUACCAGCUAUUGAAGACAGUGAGAUUACAGCACCACUAAAUGAAGGCAAAGAUCCAAACUCGCAGCCAGAUUACUCUCUGCAGGAGAACCAACUGGAUAAAAUCACCCGAGAGGACCGUUCAUUGUGGGACACUCGCUCCCACCCACCAUUGUUCUUUGAGAAUGUCAACAUCAGAUUCAUAGAUGAACAGAACCUUCUCAGUGACGACGAGAAGGUGGAAUUGUCACUGGAUGAGAACUUGGUGGACGAGGGAGAGUCUGAUGUUUUGGUGGAGACACCAGACACAAACAAUUCGGGCUUCCAGGUGUGUAAGCUGGGACAUCCACCCGACUACGAACAGCUGAUGAAUGGAUACAACAAAGUGCGCAAUGUUGAAGUGGUCAUAUAACCAAAGGAAUCUGGGAACCACUUCUCCAAACUUUCUCCUAUAUUCCCACUUUGUUCAUUCAGCACUAGGACCUGAGCAAAAGGGGACAGACAGUAUCCCUGUUGGUUUGGAGGAGCUGCUAAUGACAUUUGACUGUACGGUCAAAACACCUCCAAGGCACAAGCACAAUCCCCUUUUUUUUAAAUUUUAAAAAAAAGUGGCCUUAGCUGGAAAGGAAGCAUCCCUCUUCCAAAUGGGAGAGUCAGAUAGCAGAAUUUCUUGCGGAAAUGUUGACUGAUGAAACUGUGACCAAAACUAAAUCGUUUCCAAGUGUAAAGAUAUUCAAUCUCUCUCUCUCUCUCUCUCUCUGUCUCUCUUUCUCUCUUUUUCUCUCUCUCUCUCUCUCUUAUAUACACUGUGAGUAUUUUUCUUUCAAUGACCGGUUUAAAAAAUAUUGUUUUUAAGAUUUUAAUUUUGAGCCAAGAAAUGUAGAUAUUAAACAAGGCAGAUGUUUUUAGUUUCAAGGUGGUGUUGGCACAGUUAUCCUUCUGACCUGAAUUCAAUGAAGUACAGUUCAGAAAGUCCAAAUUUUGCAAUUUGAGAGAUUCGAGUUCAAUUGGGAUUUGAGUGACUUGUUUCAGUGAUUUGUUGGGAUAUUUUUGUUCUCUCUCCCCCUCCCCCACCCCCCUUUAAAUGUAAAGCCAUUUCUAAUACAGAUUUUGCAACAGUGUGAGAGUUCAGCAUUUACUGAAUCCCAUCCAAGUCACACUUUUAGAGCCCUGUAUUCUUGAUUUUGAUCUGCACCUUAUGAAUGACACUUGUAUCUGUUUUGUAUGUAUUUUCGCCUUUAUGAAUUUACCCAACAGUACUUCAGAAAUUGAGCUUUUAUCUAUCUUGGGUUAUCUGAUGCAAAUCCGAAAGAAAAUGAGUGGGAAAUCAACAUCCGCUAAAUAAGCCAAAGUGGUGUUUUCCGUAAACCUUUCAAGCUGAGGUGACAAAAUUGCAGGCAGCACCUGUUGGUGAUCAUCAGAAGUAACCUAUGAACUCACUAGAAUGAGACUCCUAUUCUUUUAUUCCCCAGCCACUUCCCUCCAAUGUGCUUUAACUUGUAAAUAGUGGCACAACUGAGCCAUUGUAUGCCUUUGUUUCUCUAUACCGUUGCACGCCAACUCUUCAGUCAUGCGCCGUAAACUUCUUCAGUAGAAACUGGAAUACUUUUUUUUGUUGGCACUUAAUUGUUUACAUUUGUUACCAAACUGGUACUAAUUUCAGUGACCGGUGGGUAUAGCUACUUAUGUUUUGGAGGAAGAGAAAUGAGAGAUGAAUUCAGGCCUAGAGCCUGGCUAUUGGUCAGGCCACGAGCAUGCCAAAAAGUGCAAUCACUAUAGGUGCAUGAUCACUGAUUUUCAUUCGUGCCUGGAGAUUUAUCUUUUUGAAAAGGCUUACAACAGUUACAGAACAGAGCUACUGCUGGAACUCUGCUUAAUUGGGUGUUUUCCAUUUUUAAAAAAAACGUGAAUUCAGAUAGACUGAAGAAAGAAGGUACUGUGCCCCACUAAUUCCAGGCUGCUGUUUGUGUUUUGUGUUGGUAGGAUUACGUACCAAAAAUGGCCCAGUGUCUUGUCGGUACCAAAACCAUGAGAUUUGUGAGGCAUUGGGUACCUCUCCUUGAUUGAGGUGAGGAUAGGAAAAUUGGGUGCAAAAAUUUAACGUUCCUGAUUUAUACCACUCCUGAUUUUUUUUUUACAAAUGGCUUGAAGUUAUUUUUAGAAAUAUUGUUUCUCCAGAAUUGCCUUAUUAACUAACGGGAGGACCAUCAAAAGUUCUCAUUUAUAAUUUGCUGUAUGCUAUUGUUGAGGAACUAUAUGGUGAGGCAUUGGUGUGUUUUUAAAGCGUCAUUGUGAAUUGAAGGUUUGUAGACGUUUUUAAAAGUUUUACUGGUCUCCAGUCGAGUCAGUUUCAAAUAAUUGGAAAUCGACUAGUUACUCUAUAAAACAUGCACCCCGCUUGACAAUUUUUGAUGACUCCAGUGAAAGAUGUUGCAUCUGUGUCUCUGCAGUGUGGUAACGGUUUCAUGACCAUUUCCAAAUAUUGGGGUGCUCUUGCCCUUUCAUCUCAUGUGUCAGGUGGGAAUGCACUUGUUAUGCAAAUGCAUUGUAGAGACACACAGACAUCGCAUAGCCAGCCUAUCCCUGGCUAAAUGUCUCCUUCAUGGAGAUGUUGCACACUAACUCCUCCUCCUGCCCCAAUUUAAAAUGUGUGAUCAGUGGAGUCUUUAGGCAUCACUGCUUAAUAUAACCAAAACUUGACUGUAUUGAAUGCUGGAAGCUGAACUGUAGGAAGUCCAUUACAGGGCAGAGACUAGGUGACCUUAUCAUAAAAACCAAGAUAAUGACAUAGGUCACGGAGCUUAAAAACAGAAUGCAGAGGUUGUCUUGUUGCUGUAAGUCCAGUCAUAUGAUAGUUAGCUUGGAUAUGCCAGUCACUUUAUUUUAAGGAAGCAUUUGUGAGGAAGGGCGCAGAAACCUCAAGUUGAAGUGAAAUGAUAGUGGUUUAUAAGCUGUAAAGGUGUAUGAUUUGACGAGCUGAGAACAGUUUUAAUGUCUUCCCCACUAACCGCUCCCCCCCCCCCCCCCCCCACCCCCCCCCCCCCCCCGCCACCACCACCCUCUCAGUCUCACACAUACAGAUUUUUUCCUUGUGUAAUAUACAUUUUUUUUUUCUGAAGGGGGUCAGUGUCAACUGACUUUACAAGACUGGCUGCAUAGGAAGGUUUAAGACUUCUUACAGUUAAGGAGUAGGUACAAACUGUUCCUAUCACUCACUCCAUAUAUUGAAAAAAAAACUGUUGAACUCCAGAAGCCUGUUUGUUGUAUUUAUUCCUUGAAAUGUCUUGUAUUAAGUCUGUCCUUUUUCUGGUUCUCUGUUAAUUGUGGACCUAAUUUAUUUCUGUAUUCAUUUAAGAAUGUAAAUAAACGUUUUUGAUAUAUACAAUA